UGGAACGGGAACACUGUUAAAGAUUUCUUUGUCAAUGUGUUUUCCUUCACUCUUUGUCAGCCAAACAGUUCUGAACUCAUGGUGUCCGAUGAUGACAAAGCUGGUGCCACCUUACUUUUCUCUGGUGCCUUUUUGGGGCUAGUAGGAAUUACAUUCACCGUGAUGGGGUGGGCGAAAUAUGAAGAUGCCAUUCGCUUUGAAUGGAUUCAGUUGCUUGGGCCGAUUCUGCUUUCGGUAGGUGUGACUUUUUUGCUGAUUGCUGUGUGCAAAUUUAAAAUGCUUGCCUGUAAAUCGUGCAGCCCAAGUGAAGAACGAGCAUCUGACAUGGGCCAGAUUCCUGGUGCACAAUCCAUUGUGUUCACUGGAAUUAGCCAUCCUAUAAAUUUCCACAGUGCAACAGUGGUACAGUACAUUCCUUCCUAUUCAACCCAAGAACGCAUCAGUAUGAAUUCUGCUAAUGUCCAUCAAGUAUUGAGUCAUUCAGGAAUCCCUCCAUUCUCUGGGCCACUAAUUCCUGCUUCCAGCCCUCCUCGUUAUUUUAAUGUCAACCCCCUGGAUAACUCUGCUUUUUCUGCAGAUGAGAACCCUGCUUAUCUUAGUGCUGACACCAGAAGUGGAAGAUCAACGGAUAGUCUCCAAGAACCUGCAGGGAUGCUGGAUGAAGAUAUUUGCAGUGAUAUCUCACCACCACCUUACGAGAAGCUAUUUUCACCACUGUCAUAAAUAUUAUAAAAGCAUUUCUGGCACUUCCAUGUGAAGACAUCCAUGUGUGCUUGAACAAGUAUGAACCGAAGAUACAAGCCUGAGAAUUGUAUGGAGGCAUCU